AAUUAUUUUUACUACCGCUGUUUUGAAAGAUGUUCAACAAAUUCAUUCCAACGUCAAUUAUUGUUGAUAGUCUUGAUAUGGUAGACAAUGUUAAUCUAUAGUUUUAUAUUUGUUGUCAGUGCCCUACAGACAUCAACCGAAUCCAUACCAAUUGUGGGUGGUAAACCAGUUACAAGGAGUGGUAAUUGGGGUAUUCCGAAAUAUCCCUAUAUGGUUUCACUGCAGGAAGAGUUCAUUAUCCCGGAAAGAGAGUCGUAUUUUAAGCAUUUUUGUGGCGGUACACUGCUAAAUGAAAAAUGGAUACUAACGGCUGGACACUGUUUGUGGCGCAAAAACGUGAACACAAUAUUUGCAAUUAUUGGUCAUGAGAACUUGACAAAUAUCAAUCCGUUGGAAAGACUUGCAGUGGAUAAAAUAGAAUUUAUUUCGUUCCAACCAGGAAGUUUACAAAAUGAUAUAGCACUGCUGCGUUUAAAGCACCCAUACAGGUCGUCCCUACCGCCACAAUUCAAUUUUUAUGGAAAACUACCCCACUAUGGCAUGAAGGCAUAUAGAAAAGAUCCCUGUAAAAUAAUUGGUUUCGGGGCCAAACAUCAUGCUGGACUUUCGCAGGAUUAUCUGGAAGAAGCUGAAGUCUAUGUAAUUAGCAAUAAGAAAUGUCGUCACUUAUUGGGUUAUGUUUGGGCUCCACAAAAGGGUGCCAAUACAGUUUGUGCCCUGGGUUAUGGUCAGGACACGUGUCAGGGCGAUUCUGGUGGACCAUUGAUAUGUAAAUAUGAUGGCAUUGAUUAUAUUUAUGGCAUUGUAUCACAUGGUUUGACCUGUGGCCUCAUUGGCAUACCAAGUGUGUACACUGUUACGGGUCCCUAUAUCGAAUGGAUACGAUUGGCAAUUGGUGAUUAAGAAUUACGUGUUUCCACAUUUAUUAUUCGAUUUAGUUUCUAACAUUUUUGUCUAAAAUAUUUUACGAAAAUAUUGGAGUUUUUUUUAAACAAAUCGUUUAACUUAACAUACUACACUAGAUAAUACACAAACAUACAAUUAAUUAUGCUAAUUAUAAAUACAAUAGUUACUGAAAAUAUUCAGUAAAACAAAAUGCAUACAACGGAAAAAGACAAAAAAUAACUUAUAUAACACUAA